AUGGUUACUGCAGAUAUUGUUCGAACAGUGGUUGGCAUCAUAGGAAACAUCAUUUCGGGGUGCCUUUUCUUGUCUCCAGUGCCAACAUUUGUGGAGAUAUGGAAGAAGGGAUCAGUGGGGGAGUACUCAGCAGUGCCAUACAUGGCCACACUGAUGAACUGCAUGGUUUGGACUUUGUAUGGUCUACCAAUGGUGCACCCUCACAGCUUGCUGGUAGUGAGCAUCAAUGGCGGAGGAUGCGUGAUUGAGAUGAUCUAUGUCACCCUCUUCUUCCUCUACUCUAAUCGCACCAGGAGGCUCACCCUCUUCCUUUGCCUCUUCUCACAACUCCUCUUCCUCACGCUUCUCUCCAUUCUCACCUUCACUUCCAUUCAUGAUGUCGACAAACGCUCUGCUGUUGUUGGAACCAUCUGCGUUAUCUUCAACGUUGCCAUGUACGCUUCGCCCUUGUCCGUCAUGAAACUGGUGGUGAGGACCAAAAGCGUUGAGUACAUGCCAUUUUCCCUCUCUCUAGCGUCCUUUGGCAAUGCUGUGUCUUGGACUGCAUAUUCUCUCAUCCCUUUUGAUCCGUUCAUGGCUAUACCAAAUGGGAUCGGCACAACAUUUUCUGUGGCACAACUAAUUUUGUAUGGAACCUAUUACAAGUCCACAAAGACGCAGAUAGAAGCAAGGAAUGCCAAAGGGGUAGGGGAGGUGAAUCUCUCAGAGGUGGUGGUCGGUAACAAUAAUCAAGAUCCUAACAAUAUCAUUGCUGUUCUUCCCGAUGGUUUUUAA